AUGGAUGCUACCACCCCUAAGUACUCCAAGGGCAGGUAUGAGGAAAUUGUGAAGGAAGUUUCUUCCUACUUGAAGAAGGUUGGAUACAACCCAGACAAAAUUCCAUUCGUUCCCAUUUCUGGUUUUGAGGGUGACAACAUGAUUGAGAGGUCCACCAACCUCGACUGGUACAAGGGACCAACUCUCCUUGAUGCUCUUGACAACAUCAAUGAGCCCAAGAGACCCUCAGACAAGCCACUCAGGCUUCCAUUGCAAGAUGUUUACAAGAUUGGUGGUAUUGGAACUGUGCCAGUGGGACGUGUUGAAACCGGUGUUGUGAAGCCCGGUAUGCUUGUGACUUUUGCUCCUACCGGUUUGACAACUGAGGUUAAGUCUGUUGAGAUGCACCACGAGGCUCUCACUGAGGCUCUUCCAGGAGACAAUGUCGGAUUCAAUGUAAAGAAUGUUGCCGUCAAGGAUCUCAAGCGUGGUUUUGUUGCAUCCAACUCCAAGGAUGACCCUGCCGAGGAAGCUGCCAACUUCACCUCCCAAGUCAUCAUCAUGAACCAUCCUGGACAGAUCGGAAACGGUUAUGCACCAGUGCUAGAUUGCCACACCUCUCACAUUGUUGUGAAGUUUGCUGAACUUAUCACCAAGAUUGACAGGCGAUCUGGUAAGGAGAUUGAGAAGGAGCCCAAGUUUUUGAAGAAUGGUGAUGCAGGUAUGGUUAAGAUGAUUCCCACCAAGCCCAUGGUUGUGGAAACUUUUGCCGAGUAUCCUCCACUUGGUCAUUUUGCUGUUAGGGACAUGAGACAAAUUGUUGCUGUCUCUGUCCAACAAAAGAAAGGUGCUACUGUUGUCGCUGGUUUUUGCAAAACCCAUGCUCAAAUAUGGGAAAAGAACAAUAGGGUUUUCUUCAACCCAACUUUGUGA